AUGGAGGACUGGGUCGUCCUCAGCGGCAGCGACGGCGGCGACAGCGUGGAGCUCCACGACGGCAGCGAGAGCAGCUUCGCGGUCGUGCACGAGAACGCAGAGAUAUCUGACGCGACAGAGAGCAACUAUGACCACGUCGACUCCAAGAUCGCCGCCGCCAAGGACACGACCUUCUCCGGCGAGGAGGACUUGGAUGAUGAGACCGACGAUGACAUUGAUCAAUGCUUUGAUGAGGAGGACGGAAUCUGUGAGGAGAACCCCGAUGACGAAAUCUUCGACGACGAUGAGGAAAUCGACUGCGAGGAAGAAUUGGAUGAUGAUGAUGAUGAGAGCCUCGACGCUGAUGACGUUGAAUGCUUUGAUGCAGAGGACAUAAUCUGCAAGGAGAACCCGGACGAUGAAAUCAUGUCCCACUUAUUAUUAACCUAG